AGAGUAACAAGUCGUCUUGGUCGGUGGAUUGAUUUUGAAAAUGACUACAGAACUAUGUAUCCGUGGUUUAUGGAGUCUGUCUGGUGGGUUUUCAAACAGCUGUAUGAUAAAGGUUUGGUGUAUCGUGGUCUCAAAGUAAUGCCGUUUUCGACUGCAUGUUCAACCCCUCUUUCUAACUUUGAAGCAGGACAGAACUACAAAGAUGUUCAAGAUCCUGCAAUUAUUGUUAGCUUCCCACUAGAUAAUGAUCCUGAAACUUCAAUGAUAGCAUGGACAACAACUCCUUGGACUCUUAUCAGCAAUCUUGCACUGUGCAUGCACCCUGAGAAAGAUUAUGUGAAGAUUUUGGAUAUAUCCAAAAAUCGAAAAUUUGUAAUCAUGAAGGCCCGUCUUACAUCAGUAUAUAAGCAAGAAAGUGAAUACAAAAUAUUGGAUACUUUCAAAGGAAGAUCCAUGGAAGGCUUAACUUAUCAACCUCCAUUCAAUUACUUCAUACAUCUUAAAAAAGAAAGAAAUGCAUUUCGUAUUUUAUGUGAUACUUAUGUAACAGAAGAUGUUGGUACUGGUAUUGUACACCAAGCUCCUUAUUUCGGUGAGGAUGAUUUUCGUGUAUGUCUGGCGAAUGGUAUUAUUGCCAAAGAUACACCAAUGAUUUGUCCUGUAAAUCCAAAUGGUCGAUUCACUGAUCAAAUUAAAGAAUUUUCUGGAAUGUAUGUCAAAGAGGCGGAUAAGUUUAUUUGUCAGAAUUUAAAACAACGCAAUCGUUUAGUGCAUCAGAGUACUAUUACACAUAGUUAUCCAUUUUGUUGGAGAUCAGAUACUCCAUUGAUAUACAAAGCUAUUCCUACUUGGUUUAUUCGUGUUGAACAAUUGGUUGAUCGAUUGUUAGCUAACAAUGCAAAAUGUCAAUGGGUACCGGAUUUUGUACGUGAAGGUCGAUUUGCUAAUUGGCUACGUGAUGCACGUGAUUGGGCAGUGUCUAGAAAUCGUUUCUGGGGUACACCGAUUCCAAUAUGGGCAAGUGAUGAUAUGGAAGAAGUGAUUUGCAUUGGUUCUAUUGAAGAGUUGAAAUUAUUAUCUGGUAUAGAAGUUACAGAUUUACAUAAAGAAUUUGUUGAUCCAAUCACUAUUCCAUCAUCUACUGGACGUGGUGUGUUACAUCGUAUUACUGAAGUAUUUGACUGUUGGUUCGAAUCAGGAUCUAUGCCAUAUGCUCAGAUCCAUUAUCCAUUUGAGAAUACUAAAGUAUUUCAAGAAGGUUUCCCGGCUGAUUUCAUUGCUGAAGGUAUUGAUCAAACACGUGGUUGGUUUUAUACACUAUUGGUAUUAUCCACGGCAUUAUUUGAUGAACCACCAUUUCGUAAUUUAAUUGUGAAUGGCAUUGUUUUAGCCUCUGAUGGACAAAAAAUGAGUAAACGUGCUAAAAACUAUCCAGAUCCAGUUGAAGUGAUACAAAAACACGGUGCAGAUCCAUUACGACUUUAUUUAAUCAAUUCACCGGUUGUUCGUGCACAAAAUCUCCGAUUCAAUGAAUCUGGUGUACAUGAAAUUGUAAAAGAUGUCUUUUUACCAUGGUGUAAUGCAUUACGAUUUUUAAUUGAAUCAUCAAUACUUCCAUAUCAAAAAGCAACUCAUCAAUUGUUUAUUGUAAAACCAGAUGAAUUCCCUGUAACAAAUAAUUUUAUGGAUCGUUGGAUAUUAUCAUUUACUCAAAGUUUAAUAUUAUUUGUACAUGAAGAACUUUCAGGUUAUCGUUUGUAUACGGUGGUACCACGUUUAGUAAAAUUUAUUGAUCACCUUGUGAAUUGGUAUGUACGAAUGAAUCGUAAACGCUUAAAAGGAGAUGUUGUCGAGAAUCAAAAUGAUUGGAAAUCUGCUUUGCAUACCCUGCUGAAAGUAAUCUAUCAAAUUACUUGUUUAAUGUCACCUUUCACUCCGUUCAUGACUGAAUUUAUUUUUCAAUAUAUCAAAGUUUAUCUUGAUUUUACUGAUAAUUUAAAAGAUCAAAGUCCUCUUCUGCCUGGUUUCUCACCAGAAACUGGUGCUCCUGAUUCUAUUCAUUACAUACAAGCUCCUGAACCAAAAUUAGAAUUAAUCUCACGUGAAAUAGAAGAUAUUGUCUAUUGGAUGCAAUCUACUGUAGAAUUAGGUCGUAUAAUACGCACUCGUUGUAAUCUUCCAUUGAAAGCACCAUUGCGUGAAGCGAUUGUAAUUCAUUCUGAUUCGAAUAUUUUAAAAAGUGUUCAAGCUGCACAAACAUAUAUUAUUGAAGAGUUGAAUGUUCGUGUUCUCACUACAACUAGUGAUAAGCAUCGUUAUGGUGUUCAACUUCGUGGUAUAUUAAAUCAUAAAACACUGGGUGCACGACUUAAAAAUGAUUAUAAAUCUGUUGUGAACAAAGUGAAAGAUUUGUCAACUGAAGAAUUGGAAAAAUUUGUUAAUACUGGUUGCUUAGUUGUUUGUGGACAUGAAUUAUCCGGUGAUGACUUGUCAGUAGUAUAUUCAACUGGUAGUACUAGUAGUAGUAACAGUGGUACUGAUGAUACAAAGUCUUCUACAUCGAAAUCAAAACGUCAAUCUGAACAAUCCGCAUCUUCAGUGAAUAGUAAUCAUCAAACAGAUUCAAGCAAAUAUGAAACAGCUUCAGAUACUAAAGGUUUACUAGUAUUAUUGGAUACAACACCAGAUAUUGAAUUAGAAAAUGAACGUUUAGCUAGAGAACUUGUUAAUCGUAUACAACGAACACGUAAAAAGGCUGAAUUAAUUCCUGAAGAUCCAAUUGUUAUUUUAGCUAUUACUGAUUUAGAUUCAUAUUAUAAUAUUGGUGGACCAAAAGGAAACUAUUUAAAUUUUAUUCAAACAACUAUUAAACAACCUUUCACUGUAAUAAAACAAUCAUCAAUAAUUAAUGCUGUGAAUCACAGUGAUAUUAUUAUACAAUGUGCUAAAUCGAUUCUACCUAAUGGUUGGGAAUUAACCAAAGAAAUAUUACGUGAUACAGUGACAAUACCCCCGGAUAAUAUUGAUUUGAUUAUAUUUUCAAGAAAACAAAUUGAUACAAUGAAUAAUAAUCCUAUUAAAAUUAAUAUUAAUUUAAAAAGUGUCGAUAUGAAAAAUCGUCCAAUGUUUGUUACUAUUGUAAAUUACACAAAUCAUUCACAAACCAUUAAAGUACAAUUAUGUGAUUCAAAUAAUCAAUGGUUUGUACACAAUGUUGAUGAUUUAUUACGAAAGGUGAAAUGUGCUUUUGGUUGGUCGACUAAUAUCAAUUUACAAUUGUAUACUAGUUUAAAUAUUGAAAAUAUCAACGAUUUAAAACCAUUUGUUCAUUUACCAGCUAGUCGAUUGAUGGAUUUAGACGGAAUCACAUUGUAUGCUUCUGUUUAAUAAGACAAUGAAUGUUAUGUGUGUGUGUAUAAUGAUUUUUUUAUGAUUAAUUAAUUAAUUAAUUUAUGUCUUUAUCUAUGAUUGAACGAGAAAAUGAAAGAAAAUUGUGUUUUGGAUAGUAAAAAUUGGAUUUUUUGUUUUUUUUGAUGGAUAAAUUUUCUUUUGAUCAUUACACAAAGCCGUGAAUGUGUGUGUGUGUGUGUGUGUACAAAACCAAAUGACUCAAUGUAUAAUUGUACUCUCAAACAUUAAUGGUUUGAUGGUUUACUCAACUAUCAUUGUCAAUAUGUUAUCAUUGUUAUGUGAAGUGAUGAUGACUUAGUAAAUGUUGAAA